AUGACGACGUACGGCACGAUUCCGACGUCAUCUAGCGGAGGUACGAAUCUGGAAUUCCUAACUCGUGCAAGAGACCGCAUACAAACAGGACUAGGCACCCGACGGCCAUGGAAAGAGAUGUUCAACCUCGCUUCGAUUAACUUUCCCCAAAGCAUCUCCGACGCGUUUUCUCGAAUUAAAACGAACAUCGGCUACUUCCGCAUGAACUAUGCGAUUGUUGUGCUCAUUAUUUUGUUCCUGAGCCUGUUAUGGAAUCCGACCUCGUUGAUCGUAUUCACGGUGUUGAUGGCGGCGUGGUUGUUCCUCUAUUUCCUCCGCGACGAACCUCUAACGAUUUGCCACAGUGUGAUCGAUGAUCGUGUGGUGCUUGGGGUUCUAUCUGUUGUUACGAUUGUUUUGCUGCUCUUGACUAACGCCACGUUGAACAUACUGUUGUCGAUUUUGGGUGGACUUGGGGCUAUCUGGUUGCUUCUUCACCGUAGAGAAGGUUAAGGCUACACAUUGAAAUAUGUAGUAGAAAUACUAAACAAGAAAGACAUUGAAAAAGUAGUAGGUGGACACAAGGAAAGGAAAAAAAGGAAAGAACUUGAAAAAAUAUUAGUUGGGAGUCGUAAUAAAUUUAGAUGGCAAAAUAGAAAUAAUAGGAGUUGGGAGACGAAAUGGUAUGGAUGAUGGAAUGAUUGAGAAAAUGUAUUAUAUAUAUUUUUUUGGAGAGAAGGGAAAAACUAAAAAUGAUGUUUGUUUUUAUUUUACAUAUGGUUUUGUAUUUGGUUUUUAUAGUUUAUUUAAAAAUUCAAAAACUUACAUAUAAAUAAUGAGUCAUUUUCAAAUAGAAAUUCUCAACUCCAACAUUACUCGGUUUAAUUAAGCG